UUUAGAAUAUUUAUCUUAAGAUAACUUUUUUUUAAACUACUGAAGAAUAGUAUUGAUUAUCUAUUCGAUAAAUGUUGUGUUGACAAUGUGUGUUCAGUCGUUAUAAUGGAUUAACAGCAAAAUUCACAACAGAGUAAAUGUGAUACUCACUAAUUCAGUAAUCUGAUCGGCUUCGUGUGAAAUCUUACGAUCGCCUGCAUCAAAUUACCUAUAAAUACACGAGCGUACUAUGCUACACCGAUAGAAUCUAGUUAGAAUAUACAAACGAUCAUUUGAAAUGGAUAAAGACAAGCAGAAAACGGUUGCCAUUAUUGGAGCUGGGCUGGUAGGUUCUUUGGCUGCAAAUAUAAUGGCGAAUAGAGGAUACAGAGUGGAGCUGUUUGAGAAACGUCAAGAUAUCAGGAAGAUGAAAGUAGCGAAGGGAAGAUCUAUAAAUUUGGCGCUUUCAAAUCGAGCUAGAGUAGCUUUAAGAAUUAUUGGACUAGAAGAUGAAGUUCUUAAAGCCUCAACGCCGAUGAAAGGACGUUUGAUACAUGAUGUUAACGGAAAUACCAAAUCAGUUCCCUAUGAUUCUAUAAAUGGACAAUGCUUAUAUUCGAUUUCACGAAACUUUUUGAACAAAUUAUUGAUUCAAGAAAUGGAAAAUAAAAGUGAUAUUAAAAUAAAUUUUAAUUGCAAGUUAGUCGAUGCGGAUUUCACGGAUCAAAAGAUAACUUUUCUAAACAUUGAAAAGAGCGAACAUUUUAGUUUAAACCCAGACUUUGUGAUUGCUGCUGAUGGUGCUCACAGCGUGAUUAGAAGAGUCAUGCAACAUAGAUGUAAAAUAAAUUACUCUCAAACGUUCAUCGAUCACGGUUACAUCGAGCUAACUUUAGACUCCAAUCAUGGCCAUCUCAUGGUUCCUAACCAUCUCCACAUUUGGCCUAGAGGAACGUUCAUGAUGAUAGCUUUACCGAAUUUGGAUGGUAGUUGGACAGUGACACUGUUCAUGCCCUUUGAAAAGUUCAAUGCGUUAAAAACGAGCGACAAAUUGCUCUCAUUCUUUAACACCACAUUCCCUGACUUUUUAGCGCUCACCACUUCGAGUCAACUUAUCAAAGAUUUCUUUAGAAAACAACCGUUGCCGUUGAUAUCGGUGAAAUGUGAACCGUAUCACCAAAAGCGAUUCCUUUUGAUAGGAGAUGCGGCGCACGCGAUGGUUCCAUUUUACGGGCAAGGAAUGAACGCUGGUUUCGAAGACUGUUCUAUUUUAAGUAAUCUCUUGGACAGGCAUUGCGACAACGUCGAUUUGGUUUUCGAGAGGUUCACGGAAUUGAGGAGGAAAGAUGUUUUCGCGAUAUGCGAUCUCGCAAUGUAUAAUUACGAAGAGAUGCGCGAUUUGGUCACUAAAACGAGUUAUCGGUUGAGGAAGUCCGUGGAUGAAACGCUGUACAGAUGCUUUCCGGGUAUCUGGAUACCCUUGUAUAAUUCCGUUACUUUCACCUCGAUGGGUUACAAUCAGUGCAUGCAGAAUCGACAAUGGCAAAACCGGGUUCUAAUGGCUAGCGCAUUUUCGAUUAUUUUAUCCAUAUUCUUAGCAUCCUAUAUUAUGUGUAAUAUUAUAUAAAAAUUAAUUAAAAGAAGUGCGUGUUAAUUCCUUCCCUGAUCAUAUGUAAGUGAAAUAAAAAAAAAUAGCAACGG